AAUAGAGACAGACAGAAAUGAGGAUAGGUCAGGAUGGUCAAAUGAGGAAACGGUUGUGUAUCAGUAUAACGCUUUAAGUAUCUCUUCUUGUUGGGUACCAUUUGGCGCGACGGUGCCCGAGUCAAUGUAUUGGCUCUGGUAGAGCCCAAAGACUUGCAGGGUUUACCGCUUCUAACCGAGAUAUCGGGUGUAGGACAGGGCGUUAGUUCAUGAAGACGGUUGUCUGGGAAUGGCCCGCUGACGAUUUGAUUUUCAGGAGUGUUUAUCAUCUUGAUUCGGGUGAAGUGCUGUUUUAAAAUUAUUUGUGCAAGAUAUACGUUGGAUUGAAUUUGACGAACGCGUGCAUUGUUUUCUGCAUGGCACAGCAGUAGGCACUGGGUUUAAAAGCUUACGUAAGGAGUAAAUGUGUCAUUGUCACGUAACAAUUUGGGAAAUGCUUAUUAAGAUCUUGAAGUAAUUUUCCUCUAGUUUCGGUUAACAGUUAGGAUUUUAAAGCGUGAAGUGAUUGGAUCUUUCAAAUCGCGGGAAAGUGAUGAAAUAUUAACAUCAUGAAGUGGACAAAUGUUUUUCUCGGGGUCUUAGUGAUUCUCGGAAUAUUGUCAACGGUAUAUGCUCAAUCGUGUUCUUUUGUCCACUGUAAGACCUGUCCUGACGGGACAUGCGAGCAGUGCACGGACGGGUACAGUUUCAACUUUAAUCGAACGUUGUGCUGUAGCAUUGGAUGCAAUCAGGAUCAGCACGGGUAUCCCGUGUGUUUGGAGGACGAUACCUGCUUCUACACAGGGUGUAACACCGGCUACUACAGUAGCCGGUGUAGCAGAUGUACAGACAGAAUCACGUAUUGCGACACGUGUAACGAGGUGACCAUUGGCGGGGAGGUACAGUGUACCAAGUGCGCCACCAACAAGUACCUGAGCGACAAUCUUUUACAUUGCUGUGCCAACCCGGGGUGUAACCAGUGCUCCGGAAGUGACAACUCUGUGUGUACAUCUUGUAAGCCCGGUUGGUUUCUGUACCAAAACUCAUGCGAUCAGUGUGGCACCACGUGUCAAGCACCCGCGGACGGAUCGGCAAGGUGCAAUGCGGUUUCAGGAAACUGUUUGUACGGAUGUAUACAAGACUACCACGGCAACACAUGCCAGAGAAACUGUGAUAUUCCGAACUGUGACACGUGUAAUUACGUACAAGCCACUGACAAUCUGACAUGUGCUGACUGCGCCGCCGGUAGAUACGGUAUUUCGUGCGAACAGUGCAACUCCCACUGUAUACUGAAGACCGGCGAAAUCUGUCUCCAGGAUGGUACGUGUAACGAUGGAUGUGAUCUCGGAUUCCGAGGGAGCCAAUGCAACAUCCAGUGUAAUGCAGCAGUUGGGAUGGAGAACUGCAUCCAGUGUGAGAGAUACAAUUUCCGAUGCACCACAUGCCAGACGGGUUACUGGGGUACCACUUGUCAAAACACGUGUUACGACAAAUGCGUUCCCCAGGCCGGCUCCCCAACAGCGUACCCGUGCGAGAUAUUGGACGGAACGUGUGUGAAGGGCUGCCAGGCCGGCUAUUUCAAGAACGACUGCCGUGGCUCUUGUCCAAACUGCGGAGCUGGAGGCCAUUGUAACAGGACCACAGGUGUGUGUAUGCAGCAGAUUUGUGACCCGGGGUGGUUCGGAGCGUCCUGCAACAACUCGUGUCCCGCUAACUGCAAGAACAACACCGGCCAGAGGUCAUGUGACUUCAACACGGGCAGGUGCUCGAACGGGUGUCAGGACGGCUAUUUCGGCGAUACCUGCACGCAGCACUGCAGCAUCAACUGCGCCAUGAGCCCGGCUGGAACUGAAACUGGCACACUAUGCAUGCAGGCCAAUGGAGACUGCGUGUACGCCUGCAGGCCGGGAUAUUACCACUCCACCUGCAGAGAGACGUGCCAAUCACAAUGUGUGGACAAUACUUGCAACAUCACCACCGGCAUCUGCACGGAGUGUGAGAAGGGAGUUAACGCUGGCUACCUGUGCCCCGAUGGAGUGUGCGGCGCCGGCAGCUAUGGUACAACGUGUCACCUGUCCUGUCCUGGUGGGAGCUCAUGCCUUAAUCAUCUCUGUAACCGCUAUACUGGUGACUGUACUGUUUGUAUCCCCUAUCACUGGGGCGAGACUUGUAACCACACCUGCUCUUACUGUGUGAAUGGUCAGUGCUCUCAAACUAGCGGGAUUUGUUCCCAGGGUUGUGUUGAUGGCUUCUAUUCCUUGUUGUGUAACCGCGCGUGUCAUGAUAGAUGUUCCGUUUGCCGACAAGAGACGGGUGAAUGCAUUGUUUGUGAUUCUGGAACUUACGGAGAGCUUUGUGAAGAUGACUGUAGCUUAAAAUGUGCCAAUGAUACUAGCGGUGAUUAUAUUACGUGCACAAAAGAUGGGGGACAGUGUAACAGCGGAGAGUGCACACCGGGUUACUAUGAAAGAACGUGUACAUCACAGUGCAAUUUAAAUUGUGCUCGGAGUGGCACACGAUUACCUGAAUGCAACAUAGAUUCAGGGCUCUGCACACAUGGUUGUAGUACUGGAUUCUAUGGCCCGGAUUGCUCAAAAGAUUGUAGCUUUACUUGUCUUAACACAAACUGUAUUGAUAAUGCAAACAAUUGCAUUGAUGGAUGUAUAGACGAGUAUUACAACUUCCCUAGCUGUGAUCGAAUGUGCAGCAGUAAUUGUGUUCUGGAUAAAUGUAUGGACGAUAGUGGGUAUUGCACAUUCGGCUGUGAACCUGGCUUCUACGGUCCUAAAUGUGGUGAAAGAUGUACUGACACAUGCAUGAACAAAACCUGCGACCGGCUGCUCGGCUACUGUGCCGAGUGUGAUCUGGGCACGCCUGGCUUUCAAUGCAGAUCAGCCAAUUGUUCAGUCAGUUUAUACGGCGACUUUUGUAACGCCACCUGUCCAGGCGGUACUCAGUGCUUCAGCAACAUUUGCGAACGCUACACUGCCAAAUGUGUCGGGUGCGUUAGCUAUGCCUACGGUGAAUACUGUGAACUGAGUUGUAAUAACUGCGUCGGUGGACGUUGUGACCAGGACACAGGCAACUGUCUUGGAGAAUGCGUCCGUGGUCAUUAUGGACCCAAGUGUGACGCUCAAUGCCAUAACCGAUGCACAUUCUGCGUCCAAGCCACCGGUUAUUGUGAGUUGUGCGAUACUGGGACGUAUGGGAGUGCCUGUCAGUAUAAUUGCAGCACCCAUUGUCAGCCAUCAUCUAACGGAGAAAUAACUUGCGGAAGGUUUGACGGUAGAUGUGACUCGGGUCGAUGCGAAACUGGCUUCUAUCAGCCUACGUGCACCUCGAGCUGUGGCGUCAACUGCAGAAACUUUGAAUGCGACAUCAACAGCGGGAACUGCUCCUUUGGCUGCACUAUCGGUUGGUUUGGACGAUACUGUGACGGACCUUGUAGUAUUAACUGCGUCAACGAAAAUUGUUUAAGCAGAAUUGACAACUGUGUUGAAGGCUGUAUUCCCGAAAAUUACGGUCCUCGGUGUGAUAUACAGUGCAACCCACAUUGCUUCUCCGCUAUAUGUAACGAUACGGGGUAUUGUUCAGUUGGCUGUGAUGGUGGUUACUAUGGCGAUAUGUGUGAGCUGCAAUGCAGCGAGACAUGCACCGAUGGAAGAUGUGACAGGCUCACCGGCAACUGUGCUGAAUGCAGCAAGAUCAGACCUUCGCCGCUCUGCCGAAGUUCAGCCUGUGUCGUUGGUUUCUACGGAAUAAACUGCGACAUACUAUGCAAAAGCCUCAACUGUCAAGACAACGUCUGCGAUCGUUACACCGGAAAUUGCGUAGGUUGCGUUACUGGUCGCUAUGGUGAUAUAUGUUCAGAAGAAUGUGACACGUGUCUUCGUGGAACAACGUGUCAGCAAGCAGACGGGAGUUGUGACGGGGCAUGUGAGAACGGAUAUUUCGGCUCUUUUUGUCGUCAGAACUGUACAUCAUGUAUAACGUGUAACAAAGAUACUGGACUCUGCGUGCAAUGUCCGGAUGGGAAAUACGGCCAACUAUGCGGUUUAAACUGCAGCAGCGCUUGUGUGCCAGUCAAUGGUGUGGUAUCGUGUGACAUUUCCUCCGCUCACUGCACAUCAAGGCAGUGCGUUCCUGGUUUCUGGGAUCUCAAAUGUUUUUCAUUCUGUCACCCAAAUUGCGACACCGACGCUAAUGGGAAUGUCACGUGUGACGUGAUGACAGGGCGAUGUGCCGGUGACUGUCAAGCCCACAACUAUGGCGCCCAGUGCGACCAGCGGUGCGAGUCGGAGUGUUACGACGACACGUGUCACCGGGACAGUGGAGUGUGUGCCGAGUGCCUCAAACCCGACCCGGGCUUCACCUGCCCAAAUGCACCGUGCGAUGAGGGCAAAUACGGUAACGACUGUAACCUUGACUGUUCGCCCGGGUGUACGCGUGUAUGUGAUCGGUACACGGCCAUCUGCAGUAAUUGUAGGGCCGGCCUGUAUGGGGACGAGUGUAAACAGAGGUGUCGCGACAACUGUACGGUUUGCGAUCAGCGUAGCGGUGCGUGUACCCAAUGUAGUGCCUAUAAGUGGGGGUCCAACUGUCAGAUCGAUUGUGGACAGUGCACGCCGUCCGCAGAUGGGCUCGUGUACUGUGACAUCCGGACGGGCGCGUGUGCAACAGAUACCUGCACCCCUGGCUACCAUGGUGCACUGUGCGAGUUUGAAUGCGGAGUCAACUGUAAAGACUCUGUUUCAGGGAUCAACAACUGUGAUCGUGAUACAGGAAUUUGCUCUGACGGCUGUGACAUCGGUUAUUUUGGCGUGUAUUGUACCGGCGACUGUAGCGUUACGUGUUUAAAUCGUGAUUGCGUGGGUACCGCGACGAACUGCCGCCAGGGUUGCGCGUUCGGUUAUUACGGUAGUGACUGUCUGACGUCGUGUCCGGCCAACUGUGUUGGCGGCGGAUGCGAUGGUGUAACGGGCGCGUGUGACGGUUCAUGUAAGGACGAGUAUUUUGGAGCCCAGUGCUCCCAGCGGUGCAGUAGUACGUGUAUUGAUAACAGAUGUGAUCAGUCUACAGGCGACUGUUUAGAAUGUCGCAUAGCAACAGCAAACCCGUCGUAUUUUUGCCGAGACGCAGCGUGUGAUAUCGGAUUCUUUAGUCAGUUCUGUAACAACACGUGCUCAACUAACUGCGCGGGUGGAUGUGAACGGUACACGGCCAGAUGUGCGGCCUGUGUUACAGGUACAUACGGCGCCACGUGCAACCAGUCAUGUGGCAAUUGUGCCACCAACACUUGUGAGCAGACAUCCGGGUUUUGUAUCGGUCCGUGCAGGGCGGGGUACUACAACAACUUUUGCAGGGCAACCUGUCUUUACAGCAACUGCGAAACUUGUGACAAAACCAGCGGCGUCUGCAGCACGUGCAAGCAGGGCUUUUAUGGGACCAACUGCGAGCAAAGUUGCAGCAGCAACUGUUAUCCAGACAGUAACAAUCUGAUAUACUGCAGCAAGGACCUGGGCUACUGCAAAGCGAACCAGUGCGUUCCAGGGUAUUGGGAUGAUACGUGUUCUAUUCAAUGUGAACCAACUUGCUUGCCGGACAUUAAUAAUGACCGUAUUUGUGAAUUCCAAAAUGGCCAUUGUAUAAUGGGCUGCGAGUCAACGAACUACGGGGAUUUCUGCCGAUUGAAAUGCAGCAACAAUUGUGUGAGCCAGCUCUGUGAGAGGAACGGGGUGUGCACACUCGGGUGCGUGGCUGGAAAAUUCGGAGAGAUCUGUAGCAUGGAUUGCACCCAGACGUGCAACGAUGGCACGUGUGACAGGUCGACGGGGGAAUGCGCGGAGUGCAACAAACCGCUCAACGAACAGACCCCGCUCUGCAGAAGUGCAGAAUGUAAUACCGGGUUCGCUGGCCUGUCAUGUAACAUCUCGUGCCCCCCUAACUGUCGCGACAAGUGCGAACGAUAUGAAAGUUACACGUGCGCAGCGUGUUUAAAUGGGUAUUACGGUGCCACGUGCGAUAAUUCUUGCGGCUUUUGUGCGACCGGGACAUGUUUCAAGGCAAAUGGGACGUGUGUGGGGCGUUGCCGGGAGGGAUAUUACUCAGACAUGUGUGAUCUAACAUGCCGCCAACUAAACUGUAGAUCGUGUGACCGAACAAGUGGAGAAUGCGCUACGUGUAAGCAGGGGCACUGGGGAAGUGAUUGCUCACAGGAUUGCAGUGCUGAAUGCACGAGCUCAUCCGAUGGACUUGUUUACUGUAGUAAGGAAAACGGCAACUGCGAAAUUGGAGCUUGCAACCCGGGCUUUUAUUCCUUGACAUGCCAGUCAGAAUGCAGCAGAACUUGUCAGAAAGAUCCGUACGGCAAUCGAGACUGUGACUUCGGAACAGGAAUCUGCAGAGACGGCUGCGAGGAUGGAUAUUACGGCGACUAUUGUGACAGACAGUGUCACGAAAACUGUAAAGGGCCCAUUUGUGAGCGAGAUGGGGAAUGUAACAGGAGCCUCGGUUGUAGGGACGGCUUCGGUUGGUACGGUUUUGACUGCACCUUAAACUGCACAACUACCUGUACGGACAACACGUGUGACAGGGACGAUGGCGUCUGUGACGAGUGCCGGAAACUACCACAACUACAGUCGCCUCUAUGUCGAUCAGCAGAAUGUCGGCCUGAUUCGAGCAUGACGUACUUGUACGGGGCGGACUGCAAUAUAUCAUGUCCCCAGAACUGCGUCGACUCGUGCCACCGUUACUCGGCCAAAUGUGAUCAGUGUAAGCCCGGAUUCUGGGAUAGCCCUUGUGACCAGCAGUGUGGCAAAUGUGCCACCGUUUCCUGUGAUCAGGACUCAGGAGAAUGUUUCAGCGACUGUAACCCUGGCUUCUACGGUUUGAAUUGUGCCAGAACCUGUCCAUACGGCGGUUGUGAGACAUGUGACCGAUUAACUGGAAGUUGUAUUCUAUGUAAGAAGGAGCUGUGGGGACAGAACUGUGAGAACUCGUGUAGUCCUAAUUGCGACCCGUCCACUGGUGGUAACUGCAGUAAGGAAACCGGCGCUUGUGACAGUCAAGGAUGUAGAACGGGCUUUUACAACCCAUACUGCACUGCUGCUUGCAAUUCAAACUGUUUUCCAUACGAAGGAGAAAGCGUCGGAUCGUGCGAUUUCACAAACGGCAGAUGUGACCGAUCCUGUAGAACAGGUUGGCACGGGGACAUGUGUGACCGCCCUUGCAGCCAGAACUGCGUAGAUAGCACGUGCCAUCGCGACGGGGAGUGCCACGUGGUUCUUGGAUGCAUCACAGGAUUUCACGGUUUCAACUGCACUUCUAAAUGUUCCGAUACGUGUAACGAUGAUACAUGUGACAGAACAUUGGGCGUGUGUGCCGAGUGUCUUCAGGAAGUGAAAACUCCGAAAUGCAGAUCAGCAGCGUGUCCAGUAGGUUCGCACGGCCUUUUCUGCGAGUAUAACUGCUCGGCCACAUGUGAAAGCUCCUGCGGACGUUAUACGUUACGUUGCGACUCGUGUGACGACGGAUUUUAUGGACACACGUGCAACGGCUCUUGUACCAACUGCAUGACUGUAACAUGUCAGCAGUCCAGUGGAACCUGUAAUGGCAUUUGUGUGGAUGGCUAUUAUACCGACCAAUGCUCCCGGCAGUGUAUCCACACCGGCUGUAUGACGUGUGAUCGGCAGGCCGGUGAGUGUCUGACUUGUAAGCCAGGCUUGUACGGUGUACAGUGCAGCCUGCCAUGUAGCGAUCAGUGUGUUCCGUCAUCCGAUGGCAAUGUUUACUGUAACAAAACAACAGGAAGCUGCAUCGCUGGUGCAUGCAGAGCUGGCUAUUACGGAAGUACCUGCACGCAGACAUGCCCCGGGGACUGUCGUGAAAACCCAGUAGAUGGUCUGACGUAUUGUGACUUCAGCACCGGGGAAUGUCUCCACGGUUGCAAUGAUGGCUUCUUUGGAGAACAGUGCGAGCUAGAAUGCAGCGAAAACUGUGCUGGCCAAGUCACAGUCUGUCGACGAGACGGAUAUUGUACCAACGGUUGUGUAGACAAUCAUUACGGGUCUUUUUGUGGGGAAAUGUGCAACUCUUCCUGUACGGAUAACCAGUGUGACCGGGUAGAAGGCAUCUGCAUGGACUGCCUCCAAGACAGGACGCCACUGUGCAGGGACGCAGAUUGUCCGUUACCGUACUAUGGGCUUAAAUGUAACGAGUCCUGUGCUGCUAAUUGUCGGAAUGGUGACUGCGAUAGAUACUCGGCACGUUGCACGAGUUGUGUGGCUGACUACUGGGGCGGCACGUGUACCCAGGCAUGUGGACACUGUAGGGGAAACAUAUGUUAUCAGAACAAUGGCACGUGUCCGAGUGGAUGUGAUGACGGAUUUUACUCCAUUGAUUGCACAGUUCCCUGUACAUACCCAGGGUGUCAGACCUGUGAUGACACUGGCGCAUGCGCAUCAUGUAAGCAAGGCAGAUAUGGCACAAACUGUGAUCGGGGGUGUAGCGGAAAUUGUCUCCCAAGUUCCAUCGAUGGGUUUAUCUACUGUAGCCGAUCUCUGGGCUCCUGUAGCGAGAACCAAUGUGUUUCGGGAUAUUACAGCAGCGACUGUAGUCAACAGUGUAGCUCAAACUGUGGAGUUGCUGCUGGAUUUAGAUCAUGCGACAUCGACGACGGCGAAUGCGACGCUGAAUGUGAACUAACGUGGUAUGGCCCAAACUGUAGAACAAUUUGUUCAAGCAAUUGUUUGAAUCAGAACUGCAACCGGACAGGAGAAUGUCGCGAGGGCUGUACUGUCGGAUACUGGGGAGAAAUGUGUGAACGGACUUGCACGAUGGCGCAAACAUGUAACGACGGGACCUGCGAUCAGGGACUGGGACGCUGCUUAGAGUGUGAAAGAGUUAACCCGUCACCUCGCUGUCGAUCCGCAGCCUGCACCCCCUCCAACACGUGGGGUGUGUUCUGCGACCGCACCUGCCCAGCAAACUGUCGUGGUGACACGUGUGACAGGGACACCGGCGAGUGCGCAGGCGGAUGUAAGGACACGUACUUCGGAGACUACUGUAACAUGACAUGUCCCAACUGCCUACAGGACAUGUGCUUCCAGAACAAUGGUAACUGUGUAUCAGGUUGCAAACACGGAUACCACAAGCUUGAUUGUAACACCAUGUGCCUCUACCCCGGAUGUAGGAACUGUGAUCGGACGGAGGGCAAGUGUAUCACGUGUAAGACGGGCCUCUUCGGAGAAGAGUGUGACCGGGACUGUGAGCGGAGCUGUGGGGAGUCGGGCGGUGUCCUCUCCUGCAACAGGUUUACAGGAAACUGUGACGCGAGGUUCUGCAAGGACGGCUGGUACAACCUGCAGUGCACAGACAAGUGUAGCGACUUCUGUGAAACCAACAACAACCAGUGUGAGUUCGAGACCGGCACGUGCUCGCCAUGUGCGCUCGGCUGGUACGGCCAGAAGUGCGAUGGCGAAUGUAGUACCAACUGUAAGAAUAAGAACUGCACAGUGACGGCAACGAAUUGUAGAGAAGGCUGCACAGACGGGUUCUGGGGAUCCGAGUGUCAGAAGGUGUGCUCAGUGAACUGUCAAAACAAGGCGUGUGACGCCGUGACAUCUGCUUGCAGGUUCGGUUGUAACCAGAGUCGCUGGUACGGACAGCUAUGCGACACGGAGUGUGGAGCCAACUGUGUAGGUGGCGUUUGUGACAGGAGCGGGACCUGCACCGGCGGGUGUGUGGUCGGCUAUUACGGAGCCAUGUGUGAGAACCAGUGUGGUGAGAGCUCCAAAUGUAAUGACGGCACCUGUAACCGGGAGACGGGACUUUGUGAUGAUUGUUUUGACACGGCCCCCCGCCCGACCAAUUGUCCCACCGCAGACUGCCCGGCUGGAAAGGCAGGUGACCAAUGUACUGAUGAUUGUCCGAGCACGAAUUGUCUGUACAAUCAAUGUGACCGGUACGCCCCUAGCAACUGCAAGGCAUGUCGACCUGGCUACUAUGGUAACCUGUGUGCACAGACGUGUCCCAAUUGUAAAACAGAUACGGGUUGUAUCCAGGACACAGGUGAUUGUACAGCAGGCUGCAGGGACGGUUGGUACGGCCCCAAGUGCACAUUACCCUGUAACACCAACUGCAAGUCAUGUGAACGUAAUUCCGGGACGUGCAUCGUCUGUAAGGACGGUCGUUGGGGCCCCGCCUGCUCUCAGUUGUGCUCGGUGAAUUGCAAGGCUACGUUGGUGGCUGGAAUGAGCGUCCACUUGUGUGACAAGACGAGCGGUGCUUGCACUCCUGCUGAGUGUAACGUGGGAUACUGGCAUACGGAUUGUACACAGCAAUGUAGCCAGCAUUGCCUAGUUGACGCGAGUAACAACCGUGUAUGUGAGAUACAGGACGGGAGAUGUAAGGUUGGCUGCGAGGACACGUUCUAUGGCACAACAUGUGACGACAAGUGCAGCGUUAGAUGUAAAGAUCAGAGGUGUACGAACUUCGCCACGAGCUGUGACAUGGGUUGUGAAGCUGGUUAUUAUGGCGCCACGUGUAUUAAUGCGUGUAGUCAGCAAUGCGCAGGCGCGGGCACAUGCUCACCGAUUAAUGGCACAUGUAUGGAAGGAUGUAGGGACGGGCAUUACACCACACGGUGUAACGUUGCAUGUGCCUACACUUGUCUCGACGGAAAGUGCGACUCCACGACUGGUGGCUGCCCUGACUGUAAGACUGACCCAGUAGGCCCCAACUGUCGAGUCAAGGAGUGCGAUGCAGGUUGGUACAGCCCCACGUGUGAUAGCCGCUGCCCCGGAAACUUCUGUCUUAACAACAAAUGUCACCGCCAGACGGGCACCUGUGACUCUGGAUGCCUGCCAAACUACUAUGGCGCCUACUGUACGGAGGUGUGUCAGUGUAGCCAGCUGGGAACGGAGACAUGUGAGCAGGACAAGGGCACCUGUGUUUGUAAAGCUGGAUACACUGGAGUGUUGUGUUCGGAGACAUGUAGCGUGGGAUGUAUAGGUCUGACCUGCGCGAGGGACGGUACCUGUAGUGGCGGUUGUAAGGCUGGGUAUUACGGCGCUGAGUGUGACCGGCAGUGUGAUGCCUGCCUCAGUAAGGAGUGUGAAGCCUCCUCGGGGGUCUGUUCCAUUGGGUGUAUCCCCGGUUACUAUGGCAACAUGUGUCAGACUAGGUGUCCAACCAACUGCGUGGAAUGUGAGCGAACAAGCGGUGACUGCACAUCCUGCAUAUCAACCUUCUAUGGUCUACCGCGGUGUGACAUCGUCUGUAACGCCAACUGUCUCCCGGGUUUAGGGCGCCAGUGUGACCAGAGCACUGGCAAGUGUGUGCACGGCUGUCACGGAGGGUUCUAUGGCGAUGAUUGCCAGGAAUCGUGCGGACAGUGCGCCUCCGGUGUGUGCGGCACAAACGGCGCGUGCAACGGGUGUAACGUCGGCUAUUAUGGCAGUAAAUGUACGCUCACGUGCAGUGACAACUGCGAGAGCGCCGCUAGUGGACGGCCAUGCGCACAGACGAACGGUUUCUGCUCGAACGGAUGUAGGCCCGGAUACUUUGGUGAUGCUUGCAGCGUACAGUGCCCAGCUAGGUGCUCUCCGGCCUUCUGUGUAAGAUCAACUGGUGACUGCGGCACGUGCCAGGAGGGAUAUUACGGCCCCAAGUGUGACAACGCAUGUAACAACUGUUUCGAGUCCCGUUGUAGCAGCGUUAAUGGAGAUUGUACCAGUGGUUGUACGGUCGGAAAGUAUGGGUCUAAAUGCAAUUCCGAUUGUAAAAGUACAUGCAACGACGGGUCAUGUGACCAGACUAGCGGACAGUGUGAAGCGACUACAGCCGCCCCCAUCCCUGACGCCGCACGCCAAGUAUCCAACGAAGAACUGUCUACUGAGGGGAUCAUAGGUAUCGCUGCGGGAUGUUUCGGAGCCCUGCUUAUCAUUGUAAUUCUGGCAUUCUGCUGUAUCAUGCAGAAGAGGCGCGCUGAUGAGGCCAAGGAUGAGAUUCACAUACCUGAAGAUCUCCUGGAGCGACUGUCUACCAAGGGCUAUACUCCACAAGCCUCACAUAGAUCCAUGCACAGCAGUUACGCACCAAGAGACCUUCACAGUAACUACUCACAGCCGCUACCAAACCCAACAUACAUCGACGGCGAGGACGAAAAAGACUUUGUGCUGUUUUAGGACUUUGCUUUAGUAAUUGCGGAAACGUGACACUUGCUAACAUCUAUGUGCUAGCUCUAUCAGCGAUUUGCUAUGUUCGGUACCUUGGAUAGGAUUGAACGUUAUCAAAAGUGUUUAUGUUAACAUCAUUGUUCAAGUUAAAACGUAGAAAAAAAUAAUUUUGGAAGGGAAGUUUAAGUAAUGUCGUUCGCUUUUCUGAUAAUGUUGAUCUAAAUUAUAAACAAAGACCUCGUAAAUUUUACCACGUUCAUAUAUACUUGUAUAUCUUUCCUUUUUUUACUCGACUAAUCGAAGAAGGAGGCUUUACUACUCGUCCCGGCGUCCGCGUCGGCGUCCGGUUAAGGUUUAAGUUGACAUUUUCAUUUGAACUGGAAUACCCUAUAUGCAAUUCACUUGAUACUUCACACAGUUGUCCAGGACCAUCACACAAUGAGGUUAGAUAACUCCAUAUUAUCCAAAUUACAAAUUAUGGGCCCUGAUUCACUUAGGAACUUGGGUUAAAGUUUUUAGGGCACAUUGUGAGAGGUUAACGUUUUAGGGCGAGUUUGGAUUUUCACUUAUUACUUCUAUACCCUUUAUUCAAUUGACUUGAUACUUCACACAAUUGUGUACUUCACACAAAUAGGUGACAUUACUCCAUUAUAUAAUAAAUACAAAUUAUGGCCCUUGAUUGACUGUAAAAAGUUUCUAUUUUACUUUUAAGUUGACUUUUUUAUUUAUUUCCACAGGCACAUAUUAUAUAAUUUAUGUAUUAAUUUCACGAACAAGUGACGUAUAGUCGAGCGUGCUGUCCUUGGACUGCGCUUGUAGCAAUUGUUUGUGUAGUGGAAUCGAAUUUUUAAUAUAGCAGACAUGUAUCAGCCAAUGACACCAAAUAUUUUAACCAAGAGCUUCGAUUUUUCUUAACAUUUCAUGCGUUGUAAAUGUUCGGGUGAUGGCGUAUGUGUUGCUGAUCAAAUAUCACGUGGGCACCCACACCUAAUGGCAAAGCGCAAUACUAUUGGUUUAUGCAGUGUUUCGUCAAAGUUAUUUGUCAUCCGCUUAAAGCUUCUUUUCUUUGCAUUAUUGAUUGGACUUCAACCAACAACAAUACGCAAAAGUGUAUAAUUGCAACGCGAUUGCAGAUAAUCCCUCACAAAAAUAAUGCAGCAGUCCCUUUUCAUUCACAUCACGUGUAGUAUAGAUACAACAUGGGCAGUUUAAGCUUGAUGCUAAUGAAUUGUGUUCCAUAUUUAUUGCAGAUUCUAAUGUAAUACUUGUCUUAUUAACUUGCAGGAUUGUUAAUUAAAACAUCUUUAUUUCAGACGUCUUCAAGAUUGAAAAUCACGACAUGAUUCUAUGAUGAAUUAUAUAUCGAAGGAGAGAAAUACAUCUUCUUGUUAACACUACCAUCUAAGAAUCCUCACACUAUUUUCGUUACAGGCGAGCUGACGAAGCGAAAAGUGAGAUUCAUCUCCCAUCUGACAUGUUGGAGCGCUUGUCCAACCACCAGAACAUGCAUGACGGUGGCUCUGUGCAGUACCCUGUGGCACGGGUGGUCGGAGAUGAUGAGCAAGACUUUAUCU